AUGAGGAUGAUGCUCGCGCACCGGUGGAGAGUGCCCAAGAUUUUCAUCGGACUCAUGAUGAUCGAGUUCGCGUUGACGGUCGCCAACCUAACGCUCGUCGGAGUGGCACAUCCGAAUACCUACCGGACCAAGCUCUGGCAGAAUGGAUUCGACAAAGGCUUCAACAGCGCGCCGAGCUCAAUACUAUACGAUUUGGCAAAUUGGAGGCCGGCGCAUGUUCCUGAGAUAUGGAGUAGCUAUAUGACCACCUUCAACAUGGUGAUAUCCGUCGUGAGCAUGUUCAUCCUGCUCGUCAAAAGUGCGAUGUUUGUGCUCCACGUUUUCAUACCAGUUAUCAGUGUAUUUGCGCAUGCGCUGCUGGUCGCUCUGUAUUCGGUCAGCAUAUACAACCAGUCCAGGCCAGACACCAGCGAUCCAGAUUUACGCUCGGGAAGCUUGCCAUGGUAUCUCAGUAAAGGUUGCAGCUAUGCCGACGCAGCGAACAAGGGGUACUGCUUACAGGCGCGGGCUACCUUCGCGGUGGCUAUUGUGAUGACUCUCCUUUUUGCGCUGUAUCUAGGCUACUCCAUCUGGAGUCUAUUUCCCACGCAGGGGGAGAGGGUAGAGCGAGAGGCAGAUUAUCAAUCUGACCUGGAGAUGAAGAAACUCUCCAUGUAUGGCAUGGAUGAUGAUCUGAGCCGGGAGCAGAGAAGAGAACAGAACAGGGCGAUUUUCCUCAACCUUCCCAAAACUCCGACAUUUGCUCCUCCCUUCACCCCUCGAACCACUGCUUUCCAACAGCUCUCCGGUGGGCAGGUUGGUGGAUAUGGAAACCGCGGGGGCGCGGGACCGACGACCCCUCUUCCAUUCAGGGAGCAAUAUGGCAAAACGGAUGCGCGAUGA